GUAAUGUCCGAACGGAGCGUUAGAGGUUAUGUUGCGUUAGGUCAAGUUAUUUCGCGGAACAAACUUUUAUCGAGUGUUUUAAAUCAUAAAAAUGAAUGAAAAAGAUAGAAAUUCUACUAGAAGCAAAAAGGAACUGGAAAUUUUACACAAAGAAGCAACUGAUGGCAUCACUUGUAAAGAGGAUUUAACUUCGAUUUUCGAGCAGAAUGACCACAGUGUCAAUAAAGUCUAUUUCUCGAAGGUUCCACGAAUCUGCAUCGACGAGCCAUGCCAACUGGGGGUGGACGAGGCGGGUCGCGGCCCGGUUCUGGGACCAAUGGUUUAUGGGAUCUCGUACUCCCCAUUGUCGCAGAAGCAAUUGCUGGUCGAUCUGGGCUGCGCCGAUUCCAAGAGUUUGACGGAAAAGAAACGCGACGAGAUAUUCGAUAAUAUUUGCCAGCACAAGGACAAGAUAGGCUGGGCGAUCGAGGCGAUCUCACCAAACGUCAUCUCCAACAGCAUGUACCGUCGCACCAAGGUUUCCCUGAAUGAAGUGUCCAUGCUGUCGGCUAUAGGCCUGAUUCAAGGAGCGAUCGAAGCCGGUGUGAACGUAGCCGAGAUCUACGUGGACACCGUUGGCAAACCGGAGACUUAUCAGGCGCGACUGAAGGGACUGUUUCCUGGCGUGAAAAUAGUCGUGGCAAAGAAAGCCGACGCGACCUACCCGAUCGUGAGCGCGGCCAGUAUAUGCGCCAAGGUAUCGCGGGAUCAUGCGAUUCGCGCGUGGCGGUUCCGCGAGGGCGACGACAUCGGCACGGAGUACGGGAGCGGUUACCCUACCGACCCGGUGACGAAGAAGUGGUUAUCCGAAAACGUGGACCAGACGUUCGGUUUUCCGCAGAUCGUUCGGUUCAGCUGGUCCACCGCCGAGCAGAUUCUCGAGUCAAAGGCGUUUCAGGUGGACUGGGAGAAGAUCCCCACGCAGGAGAACGCGCAGAAGAUCUCGAAGUUCUUUGCCAAAUCUCCGACGAAAUCGUUCAACGUUCACACGAAAAAACAUUUGUUUUUCACGGAACGCUGCCUGUCCAACGCGAGUGUUUUAUGAUACUCACCUUCACGGUUUUCUCUUUUGUUGUUUUAUCACGUAAAUGUUUUUUUUUAAAGAUUCUUAAUGAGGGAGUAUAAUGUACAGGAAUUGUUAUUACACUUCCGAGAACCUUUUUAUUUAUAUUUAUAUAUUUAUAUAUUAUAUUCUGUGGUUUUUUAAAUAUGCACUAAUUAUUGGUAAGUUUUAUAUAAUAGCUACACAUAUAUACAUAUAAUGAGUAUCUAUUGUUUUUGUAUGCUUUUUAUCGAAGAUAAUUUUAUUUAUAAUAAACAUUCACUACUGCUCUCAUCUUUUAUUACUGUUUUUUUAUUAGAUCGAUAUACAACACAUUCGAGAGAUUCGCGCGAUCUAAAGAAAAUAUUUCCAUAUAUAUAUAUGUAUAUAUGUUUGUAUGUGUAUAUAUAUGUAUAUAUAUAUAUACAUAUAUACGCAUAUAUAUCUAUAUAUAUAUGUAUAUAUGAAUUUUCAACAAUAUCAUUUUUCCCGUUUUGUAAGUUCGUGAUAUUACAGUGCGUUUUACGUUAAAUCAAAGACAAGCACGUCUCUCUGUCUCUCUCUCUCUCUCUCUCUCUCUCUCUCUCUCUCUCUCUCUCUCUCUCUCUCUCUCUCGACAGUUUUUUUAUACAUACAAAGUUAUAUACAUAUGUACAGAGUGUGCUCUUAUACAAUAGCUAUAUCGUAGAUAAAGAGAGAAUGUGGCAGUUUUACUUUACGGAAAUUUCUCUACACACCGGUGCCACAGUGAUUAAUUAUGUAACAAUUAGCAAUGCUUAACGUGAAAGGUUCGAAAUAUCUUUGGUAAAACACACGCCUACAAGUCACACACGUCGUACAAUUAUUCCUAUGUAGAACAUUAUCUUCUUCGUUUAACACACAAUUAAUAGCGACUAGAUCGUUAAGGGCUACGGAUAGGUGGUACGAACAGAAAGGGCGAUUUGUUGCGCUGCGUCGCCGUUCUUCUUCGCACAGUUCUGUACACACACACACACGCUCCACACAAACGUACACACACACACCGGAUUCUCGAUUCUCGUGUUUACUUUAUCGAUUUUACACGCGGCACAUAAGUGCAGCGUCUCGUCGUGUGUGCGUCGCCCUCGUUUUCUUAAACUAAAUACCUGCCGUCCAAAGUGUAUACCGAUAUGACUCUUCUCAAACGAAAUCUCACAUUCUCCGCGCGUGCGAUAUUUUGUUUUUUGUUUUUUUUUUUUUUUACAUUUUCUCGAAUUCUCUCUCUCAUAUGUUCAAUAAAUAUCUCUCAACGAAAUUAACGUAAAAACAAAAAAAAAUACAUACAAGCAAAAUUUACAAUUUAUUAUUUUUCAAAUAAUUCAAUUUUUUUGGAAGAAUUUUUCAUAUUCAAAUCGUUAAUUAUAUUGCCUCUCGCAGCCAAAUAAAGGACACUUGUAUAUACACUCUUCAUCGUUUCUACGAUUCAGAUAUGGCGCGGGUAAUGAAAAUUCGAUAUGCGCUAGCCGCACACAGCGGAGAGAACGUUCAUGUACACAGUCCGAAUGCGCGAGUGCAAGCGCGCGCGCGCACACGUGUGUGUAUUUGGAAAAAUCGAUUGAUACACUUUACGCAUGAAUCGCCGCAAACGAUAUAAAAAGUCACGAACUACGAAUUUUCCACGAUAAACGCGACAGAUUGUGACUUGUGUGUACUCUAUCGACAAAACGCAUACGUAUCGUACGGGUUCCGCGUGUCUUUCGCGUGACCACGCGAAAAAUGUGAUUGAUGCGCCACGAGAAAAUUGAACGACCGAGUCUCGCCGUGGCGCGAUACUCUCUCCGAUGACUUUUGUUUUUUGUUUGUUUGUUUGUUUGUUUUCUUUUGUUUCAUCAUCUCUGGCGCGCGAAAAGAUCUAUCUUGUUUUUUUUAUUGUUUUUUAUACAACGGAAAUCACAAAAGAAAAC